AGCUCAGAAAUAACAAUGAACCAGGUGGAGUCAUCAGAGUCUCACAGGGAGGUCUGUACCGCUGCAGAGGAGGAAGAGGAGAACCAGUUUUCUACACAGAAGACAGCCAUGACGUCACCAUCGAGGAAACUCUUUCCAUGAAGCCCACAGUGGUCCUGCAGCCCAGCUGGACUCUGAUAUACAGAGGUGAGACAAUCACUGCCAGAUGUGAGAUCCAGGAAGGUGGAGGAACUCAGUGGACGUAUGAAUGGAGACCAACCAGGUUAAAUAGACCUCCAUCAUCCAGAGAACACAGGAUCAUCAGAGUUACUGACAGUGGAGACUACAGCUGCCGGGGAAGAAGAGACGACUUUUAUUUAACACAGUGGAGUGAUGUCGUCUCAGUAACUGUAUCAGCAGAUAAACCCCGGCCUGUCCUCUCUGUGUCUCCAUCAUGGCUGAGUCCUGGAUCCUCAGUAACUCUGAGAUGUGAGAUUAAACCUCCGUCUGCAGGAUGGAGGUUCUACUGGUAUAAAGCUGUUCCUGAUCUGUUAAACAACAGGUACAGUUAUGAUCUGCUGCCUGGUAGCACUGCUGGGACUGAACAUGAUUCCUACAUCAUUCAUGGACAAACACACACAGCAGGAUAUGUGUGUAGAGCUGGAAGAGGAGACCCAGAGUAUCACACUGAUUACAGUGAAGUAAAGUUUCUCUGGUCUGCAGAUGUUCAUCCAGCAGCGUCUCUCACAGUGAAUCCUGACAGAGUUCAACACUUCACAUCUGACUCUGUUUCACUGAACUGUGGAGGAAACUCUGCUGAGUGGAGAGUGAUGAGGUUUACAGAAACACAUCAUCUGUUUCGCUGCUCCUCCUGGGGGAGAAUGACUGGAUCCUCAUGUAACAUGAAGUGGUAUCACAGUGGAGUUUACUGGUGUGAGUCUGGAUCAGGAGAGUUCAGCAACACAGUCAACAUCACUGUACAGAAUGAUGAUGAUGGCGUCAUCCUGGUGAGCCCCGUCCAUCCUGUGACUGAGGGAGCUUCUGUCAGUCUGAGCUGCAGACUGAGAGAACAAAACACACUUUCCAGUGUUUCUUUCUAUCACAAUGACAAACUUCUCCAACAUGAUGGCAGAGAGGAGCUGAACAUCUCUGCAGUGUCACAGUCAGACGAAGGUUUCUACAAGUGUCAACAUGCAGGAAAGACGUCACAACAGAGCUGGAUGUCAGUUACAGCUGUGUCCAGACCUGAAAGCUCUUCAUUUCCUGUGCUGUUGAUGGUUCGAUCUGUUAUUGGAAUCAUAUUAUUGAUUUUCCUGCUCUUGUUGUGUCUCUGCAAACGGUCCAAGGAUCCAUCUUGUAACAGGUUGAAUCAGAUUCUGAACAUCGACCGAGUCUCUGCUACACAACAGUCAGUCAACGAGAAUGAAACUCAGGUUUAUUCCUCUCUCCUUCAUGGUGAUGCUGCUGUCUACGAAUCAAUCAGAGGUUGUGGAAACACUGGAAGUGAUGCACCAGCAGAUGAAUACAGCAACGUCACAUCUCAUCUUAACCUUAAAGGUCGUGAUAAGAGCAGGAGACACGAGAGCUCUGACUACAUUAAUGUGCAUCCUGAAUCAGCAACAGGUCCAUGAAAAGAAGAUUAUUACCACCAAAAGAAGAGACUUGUGGACAACAAGCAGAAACAAUAUUCUUGUUUAAACGUGUUAGCAACUGUUCUAUACGUCCAAGCGUCCAUCAGACAGUCAUUUGUCCAGUUUUGUGUCACAUUUCUUUAAAAUAUUACAUGAUCUGGAUUUAUUUGUUCUUUUUUAUGCUUUUUGUUGCAAAAACGUAAGAAAACUAAGACCAAAGCUUAACAGCCAUGUCCAUCUUAUACCUCGUCUGCAACAUAAUACAUAGUAGCAAAUUAAAACAAAAUUAUGAAAAGAUUUUUAAUAAUGUGACCAUGGAUUGAAGAAAAACAA